CUUGAGUAAUUUAUUAGUACAUUUAACUUUACAUUUUUAUUUCGUGUACUUGUAUUUAUAAUAAAAUAUUCAACUCACGGAACUCAAAAAGGAAAACAAAUUUUCCUCUUAACAGCUACAAGGUAUCAAUUAUUCUGAACACCGAAAGGAAAAUAGCAAAAAAUCAAAAAUGAGAAAACGAAUAGUUAAUUUCAUGGCGAAUUAACUUUCGUGAUCGCACAAAUAUUACUUUUGCAAUGAUUUUGAGAAUCAAAUAACAGUCCGUGGUAUAGACGAAGCACCGUGAUGAAGAUCACAAAAUAAAAUCAAAUAAUAAUGUGCAAUAUUUUUUUAAUUGGGAUUGUCUUUUUACAUUGUUUACUACCGGCCCAACUUGACAAGUAUGACGUUCUAUUAAUACCAGUACAGAAAAUUCCGAUCAAAACGAAAAAUGUGAUCUACGCACCAAUGAGACAGAGGUCUUCAAAAAGAUUCAAAAAGGAUGACUUUGAUAGACUUGACAUUGAGUCUUAUGAGGAGGCGACAGAAAUGCCAGAUGUAGACAGCUUUGAUUAUGGUAAAGACCGAGAUGGAGAGAGGACUGAGGAAUCUCAUGAUUUUGAAUCUAAUUAUGGAGAUGAUAAAAUUGUUGGUGGUGUAGAAGUUGAUAUAAAUCUGUAUCCUUACCACGUGUCUUAUGGUACUAACUGUGGUGGAGCUAUCGUUGAUAAGAGAUGGGUUGUAACAGCUGGACAUUGUGGGAAAAAGCCGUAUAUAAGAGCGGGCUCAAAAUACAUAAAUCAAGGAAAGAAGAUAUCUGUCAAAAGAGGCUAUGUACAUCCAAUGUGGUCUUCUAAAAAGAAAGACCAUCCAUUUGAUUACGAUUUCCAAUUAUUAGAAUUGAGUGAACCCUUGAAAUUUGACGAAAAUAUCCAGCCAAUCAAAAUAGCUCAUAUUGAAGACAUGGUUAUUGGUAAAGUUGUUACAGUCACUGGUUGGGGUAAUACUGAAGAAAAUGGUCCAUAUUCCAAUGUACUUCGAGCCGUAAGAGUACCAAUUAUAUCCAAGGAGCACUGCCAAAAUGUACCGUUCCCGUACUUUAGAGGAACUCUGACAGCUAGAAUGUUCUGUGCUGGAUAUGCUGAAGGGAAAAAAGAUGCUUGCCAGGGUGAUUCCGGUGGACCUGCAGUGGCUUACGAUCGUCUCCUAGGAAUGGUUUCCUUCGGCUACGGUUGUGCAACUCCUGGAUCCUAUGGUGUCUACAGUAAAAUUGCCAAAGUCAGGAGUUGGGUGGAACAGACAACUGGAAUUAAAUUUGACUAAACGAUUUUGUACAGACUCGAAAUAUAAUAUUUUGGAAC